ACACUAUGCCCCCAUGGGGAAGACCGCCAGGGGAACGAGGGGCAGGUAGUGUGGGGAAAUAUCUAGAGGAGGAGGAACAGGUGCAUAGGUUUCAGGAGUUGGACAGUGAUGACGAAAAGAACGGCGUUUUGUUAGAUUCGGGGUUUCCCAAGGUUUCAAAUGGCAAGCAGGAUUUCAAUCCAGAUGCAUUAUAUUUCAACGACACGGACAUAAGAGCUUGGGAACAGAGGACAGCUGACAUUGACGGGCUGGCGUAUGGCGAUGAUUACGGCCUUCAAGAGGACGAGGGUUAUUACGAUGAUGGUGCUGAUAUCACUAUGACUGUAAGUGAGUACGAGGAGCUUCUCUUUCAGAGGGUUCUGGACAAGGUGCGACUCGCCAGAGCGACUGGGGAGGCAGACGUACAACUUUCAUCAGAAGAGCUAGAGGCCUAUCAAUCCAGGAUGUGGCGUUCGAGGGGGCCUGCAGCGCCGUCUCAAGCACCUCGGUCUAGACCUGGAACCGCUCAUGCGGCAGGAACUGCUGCUUCUUCUUCUGGCAACCCAAGUUCUUCACGAUCCAAGAAGAAGGACAAGCGUUCGUCGCUUUUUGGUGGCAAAUCUAAAGAAAAGAAGCCCAGCAACCGCUCUCGUGCUGCUUCGAAUGCCACAAACGUUUCCGAUGCGGCAAACCAACCACUUCCGCCAGGAUUCGUAGUCCCAGGGCCGAACGGACAGCCAACAUUUACGCCUAUCAACGGGCAUCAAGGUCGAACCGCCAGGGACGCCCCCAGACGCCCCUCCGGCUCACCGAGAAGUUCCCGUUCCGCUUCUAUGAGCAGUGACUUGCCCCCUCUCAAGGAAGGUCAUGUAUCUCAUUCGCGAGGAUUGGGAUUGGGCCUAGGCUUACGCCUUGCUCAAACUCCAACACGCACAAGGGACAUACCUGGGGCUUUUCCAGGCUCACCCGUAAGUUACAUUGCAGAGAGUCCUGUCCUUGCUGCUCGACCUUCUUCGUCCUCUUCCCGACACUCAGCACACGAUCGGUCCGAACGGCGUCAAUCUACAAGUAGCCAUCAUGGGCAGCUAUCUCCGCUAUCUCCUGUUCAACCAGCACCCAAACUCGUUCCCUUUCCAACGCCCGAAUAUCAGCACUUCACGCCCGAGCCUUUCCAAUACCAGGUUGCAGGUCAGCUGGCUACAUCUUCUGCCUCUUCGGUUGCUUCCCAGCCUCAGUACGGGCGCAAGGUCGCAUCCAGUCCUACGGAGAGCGUGCAGAUGAGCAUGCCGCGCCGCGUUCCGGUUCCAUCCCAGCAGGCUCAGCGCACAACUGGCUCACAACCGGAUGUUCAACAUAGCUAUUCAGACCCUGUACUCACACAGCGCAAUACAAGGGCUGGUGGGAGUGACGAUGAGGGGGAGGCCAGGACGCCCAAGAAGUCGAGCGGGAAGAGAAAGGGAGGGAAAAGCAAAAAGAGGAACAACUAGUUUCCUGUCGGUGGGGCGAAUGUCUACUGUCUGCGUCAUGUGUGCUACUGUCUCUGGGAUUGUCUAAUGUGUCUCUGGUCCUACUUGC